GGUAGGGGAGUAGGACUCUCCCUUUUAUUGUCCAAUCUGCUUAAACAUUCCCAUGACAACAGCUCUCUGUUUACCAUCCCCAUAGAGGAGACGCUUUAACCCCAGGCUGUCGCCGAUCCCACCUAUUUGCCUUUAAUGGUACAUGCGGAAGCUGAGUUUGCCUGCAGCAUCACCCAGGUUUUGGGACAGCCCAUCGUAUGUGGGUGGGGUUUCGUGUAGCCACAGCUCUGCCUUUCUGCUUUUUGUUAAUGAAAGUUACAGGAUCGUUAUUUUCCGGCCUUUCUAGUUGAUUCAGUAGUGAGUGGAGCCCCGAUCUGACACUCGCCGACGCCUUGUGUUGCUGGAGCACUAGGAGCAGGGCCAGGUGUUUGGGCCAAUGCUGGAGGAGCUGCUGGCUCACACUGGCCACAUACGACGCGUACUAGUAACUCGGGAGUGCGACUCUCGUACAUCGGCUGGGAGUGUGGGAGAGCACAGGAUGAUAUUCUCCAGUGUCCCCAUGAGGAUCCCCAGCGGGAAGCUGACCUAUGUUUCGGCAGCGCAGCACAUGGCUCCUCCCAGCCCCAGUAACAGCAGUGGUGGUGGAGAAGGAGGAGGUGGUGGAGGAGGGGAACAGUUAAGCAAAACCAACCUGUACAUCAGAGGGCUUCAUCCUAGCACCACAGACCAAGACCUGGUGAAACUCUGUCAGCCGUAUGGAAAGAUUGUCUCUACCAAGGCUAUUUUAGACAAGACAACUAACAAAUGUAAAGGAUAUGGGUUUGUGGAUUUUGAUAGCCCUGGAGCAGCCCAGAAGGCAGUAACAGCUCUAAAAGCAAGCGGCGUGCAAGCCCAGAUGGCAAAGGUGACUAGCAAUCUCUCCACACAUACAUUUAGACAUCAACAAGAGCAGGACCCCACAAACUUGUACAUUUCCAACUUGCCGGUCAGUAUGGAUGAGCAGGAGCUGGAGUCCUUGCUGAAGUCAUUUGGGCAGGUUAUUUCCACUCGUAUCCUACGUGAUGCCAGUGGGACCAGCCGAGGGGUCGGCUUUGCAAGAAUGGAAUCCACAGAGAAAUGUGAAGCUGUGAUUAGUCACUUUAAUGGGAAAUAUAUCAAGACUCCUCCUGGGGUUCCAGCUCCCCAGGAACCAUUACUUUGUAAGUUUGCAGAUGGUGGACAGAAAAAGAGGCAAACCCAGGGAAAGUACAUUCAAAAUGGUCGUGGCUGGGGGAGAGAGGGAGAAACGGGUGGCAUGACCUUGACAUAUGACCCUACAACAGCGUUGCAGAAUGGGUUCUACACUGCCCCAUACAGUAUUGCCCCAAAUCGGGUGAUAGCUCAGGCGGCUCUAUCUCCCUACCUGCCGUCACCUGUAUCUUCUUAUCAGGUUCACAAUCCUUCCUGGAUGCCUCAUCAAUCUUACCUCAUGCAGCCUACAGGAACUGUCCUUACUCCCACUAUGGACCAUGCUAUUUCCAUCCAGCCUGCUUCCAUGAUGGGACCUCUGACUCAACAGCUGGGACACCUAUCGCUCGGCAGCACUGGAGCGUAUAUGGCAGCUGCAGCCGCUAUGCAGGGGCCUUACAUCCCCCAGUACCAGUCCGUGCCUUCCACUGUCUCCAUAGAGGAGAGCAGCGGGCAGCCUCAACAAGUUGCCGUGGAAUCUACCACAGAACAUGCCACGUAUUCGUACCAGUGAAAACAGUACCUGAGGGUUUGAGUGAGAAACUCUGUCAGCGCUGGAAGUGACAAGAUGAACUUUGCAGGGCUGAAUAUGCAGCUGUGCUGAACCUCGGGAAAAUGGCAAAAAAAAAACAAGGGGAGGGAAGGGUGAUUUAAAAAACCCAAUUUAUUUUUUCUUUCUUUCUUUUGCAAAGAAGCAUUUUUACUGCAAUAAACUUAAAACUUCCAAGGAACCAAAGCAGCUAUAAAAAAAAAAGAAACUUAAUAAAUCAUACGGAACCGGAACAGACUUACAAAUCUUGACUGAAAGACAAAAAGUUAAAAAAAAAUGCAAAAAAAAAACAAAAAACAAAACAAACAAAAACAAAAUUCUAUUUUAAUAAGAGGAUUUUUUUUGUCAUUUUUUUACCGUAGAAUAUUUUUUUUCUUCUUAAUUUAAAUGCGUUUCAUACGUGAAAAGCGCAGUAACAGGACACAAGACGAUGGAUCAUUUGCAAAACAGAAACUGCAAAGGGGAAGUUGCAAUUUUGCUGCCUGACACCAUUUUUUCACAUCAUACUUUUGUGGACUAUUUGGAACUUGUUUUUUUGUUUAUUAUUAUUUUUCUUUCUUUUUUUUUUUUUAAAAGAAAAGAAGUUAUAUGCAAAAGAUGUUUUUGAAAAGGGGGUUUAUAAGUAUUUGGUUUGUGAGUUUGGAGUUGUUACAGUCCCUCUCGUGGAUUGCCUACCUUAUCUGAAGGGAAGCCACUUCAAAGCAGGCCAAAAAUGGAUGCCAUGUGACAGCUGUUGAACUAGUGGGACGGAAGGUGAAAGAAACAGGAGAGCUUAUGCCACAAGCCCCUACUUAAUAUGGUGAGAUGUGCAGCCAGCACUGUUCAUUUCAACAGGAUACAGUACUUGGAUCAGCUUGGUUUGGAAUGAUACAUAACAUAGUUAUAGUGGCUUCGGGAGGAAAACAAAAGGUGCAGGGAAGCUGUAAGAAUUGAAUGAAGUUGUUCCAGCUUUACACCUGUUUGCUUUAUGUUUUCUUUAGUGAUUGUCAUCCAGCCCUGGGUGUAUACUUAGCAAAAUCAUUAUUUGGUAUACGUGGAAAGGAUGCAAAAAGUCUGCCUGGCUUUUGCAGGCAUGGUGGUGGUGGUGGGGGUUAUAUUGUAACACAGACAAAGUUUGCCUCAGUCCAGCAACUUACAGGAACCAAUCAGUGUCUGCUUUCAUUAUUGCAACUGAAUAAAAAGAACUGGUGAUUGGU